AUGUCAACCAUCGCGGACAUAAAAUUAAACCGGGUUGACCUCGCAUUGGCACGCCAUGACCCUAUUCAGUUAUCGGAUAAUCUCCAGCUAACAUUAAACCUGUAUACAGAGUUGACUAUAGUUGAGCCACGAAACCCCUCGUAUCACAAUGCCAUCAUCAAGAAUCAACAUCGCACAGUAUUAAAUACCAAGGAAAUUUUUUCUGUGGGGACUAUAUUGUACUCGGAAGCAGUUAGUAGUUUACCAGUGGGCCGAUUUAAGGACGUUGUGUUUAAAAAUGGUGAUGAGCCUUAUAAUAUCACUGUUCAAGAUCCAAUCAUUGUUGAACAUCAAUGGACUUCGAUCAAUCCACAUACAAGAGAUUCGUGGUUAGGAGUAUUGUUCAACACGGGAGAAGUCUUGGUGUUGGGUAGAGAAAAUCACAAUCAGAUAUACAACUACAAAAUAAAGAUGAAUGUUUUUGAAGCAUUGGUGAAAUUAUACGAUAUUCCGUUUCAUGAAGGGAAAUGGUAUGUUAGUGGCAAAGAGUUUAGGCAAUUGAAAAUCAAGUUUUUUGCAUUUCAUGAAAAUGAGUUGGCAGUUGUUGACUUGGAUAACCGUAUCACAAUUUUUGAUUUCAAGAUGAAUGUGGUGAAACAAAUUGAUGUUGAAAAAGUUGUUGCAAAAAUAUAUUGGGUGAAGGACACCUUUUUGAUUGUUGGAAAGGAUAAUUCACUACUGGUGGCUACGGAUGAAACACGAGAGAUUUAUCCAGCCCAGCAAGGUUAUUGUCAGAAAGUAAAAAUCACACAGUUUAAUGGCAAGAGUUUGAUUAUUGCUGUAUUUAUGUCGAAAGUCGUGAUUUUUGCAAAUGACAACAUCUACGAAUAUGAUACAGAAACUUGGUACACAUGUACGUCUAUUGUCACCGGAAUGGGCGAAACAUUGCUUAUUAUGUUGGCUUAUGAAGAUUCAACUAUUCUCACAAUCAAGUUUGAUAGAAGUUGCAUAUCAAAGGUGGCUAAUGACUUGUCAUGGUCAUUGUUCAAGGAUAGGGCAUUGAAUAUGUUUCAAAUGUCCUUGGAAGAUGCCACAACAGAAGGCAGCAUGAUCCUACAUGGCAUUCAACCAAUUUCCGACAAAAUACUAGCGGUGGUGUACAAAGUUUUACCCAAAAAUGCACUCCAUUUCAGAAUACCGUCUGAACUUAGUGUCAGUUUGACAUUUAUCCAACUCGAAUCAUCUAUGGGGCUGCUCAAACACCCAGUAAUCAAUACAUCUAUUGCUAAGCUUGCCUGUUUCUAUCUUGAAAAUUUCACAACCAUCCCAACGGUGAUUGAUGAUUUGACCAUGUCACAAAUGGACAAGAUUGAUGUGUUUGUACCACAACUACAAGUAUUUGUAGAUGAGAUGUUGCAACCCAAACAAUUGCCACAGCCUGAAACAAUAAGUGGUGACUUGGAGCAGGAUUUGAUUAACAAUUUUGUUCACAAUAGAGAUGUUGCCGAGAAUCAAUUUAAACAUUGUUUGUCAAGACUAUUAUUAUUGGCAGUAGGGAGUAUCCAAAACUCCGGUAAUGAAAUGGCCAGGCAGUUGCUUACACGAGUCGGGUUAUUACAAUUCAAUCUAAAUGAAACAAUAACUAGAUACAUUGUGGAAUUGUUAUUUCGAAUAUACCGCGACAAAUAUAUUGAGAAUGAAGUUGAUAGAUUUUCAUUGCUAGCGUUAGGAAUGGGAGUUGAAAUGAAAUUAAAUGAUUUGGAUAAAGCUAAACUUAAAGUAGGUAAUAACCUAGUUGAAGAAUUUGUCAUUAAUUUGAACGAUGAUGACACCUUGAUCAAGACUAAUAUGAUUUGUUCAACACAAGGACGUUUUUGGAGGUUUUGCGACUUGACUAGGAUACCAAUUGUUGAUGGAAAAACCAAGAUGGAUGAAUUGGCAUUCUGUAAUUAUUUAUAUGGUGAUUUAAAUGCACCGAUAGUGGAUACACUUCGACGUGUUAUUGAUUAUUGUCAUAUUAAUGGAAACAGAACCUAUAUAGGACAAUUUUGA